UAACAUACCUAUACCGACGCCAUUGAACCCAAAACCAUACGAAGUCACCGGCGUGACGCAGACCAGCGAACAGUUUCCCAGCAGGAGCAUGCAUUAAUCCGAUUUACUAUCUUUAUUUUGGCCUGCACCCGCCAACCGAAAUGGACACUCUCGCCCCAACACCCUCCACGCCCUCUCCCCAGCUUUCCCGCGCUGUCCCUGACCUCGCCCACGAGGAGGAACAUGAAGAGCUCGCCCAGAGCACCAGCCAAACCGAAGUCUUAGAUCUCCCAUUGCUGAGAGAAUCGGAAACUCCAGCACCGCAGCUCUCGUCACAGCCGUCCGGAGAGGCGGAGAGACAUCCAAAGGGGAAGAGAAAACGAACUACAGCAAAAGACAAGGCCAUACUCGAGGCAGCCUACAAUGCGAACCCCAAACCCGACAAGGCAGCGCGCCAAGACAUCGUGAACCGCGUCUCGUUAAAUGAAAAAGAAGUUCAGAUUUGGUUCCAAAACCGCCGACAAAACGAUCGCAGGAAAUCACGUCCCCUGUCCCCUCAGGAGAUAGCCGCGCUUCGGUACGGCGGUAUGCAAAUACUGUCCUCGGACAACACCCUUCCCGUGUAUACGUCCGAGCCGGAGCAUACAUCGCCCAUCCAAGCUGUUUUAAGUUUAGAACAGGAAUACUCCUCGCCUCGGGAGGUUGCCUCGCCUAGCAGACUUGACCACCACGAGACCGAGCAGAACCACGAAGACACGCUCCAGGAGGACACUCUACCACUACCAGAACCGCAAACUCAACCUCAAGAGGAGCAACAAAGCAUGCCCCACCCUGUAUACGCGACUCCCGCCCAAAAGCAAAGACACGCCGGUGACGACGACUCCCUCCUAAUGUCUCAGCAUUUGCCAAGCUCGGUUGGCUAUCUGUCCAACCGAUGGAACCACCCAGCCCACUCCCACGUCCUAUCAACGCCUAUCAGUUUCAACCGAGGAGAUGAUUCCUUCAACAACUUCCCCCCUUCAUCAUGUUCGUCUUCGACCUCUGCGCUUCGUCCGCGCCUGUCGACGGGUCUGGACGGCAAGGCAGAAGUCGUCACCUCGCCGCCACAAAAUCCUGCCAGCCUCCCACCAUCAGAGCUGCAAUCGUUCGACUCGGCAUGCCGGCCCAGCUACCACCGUGGCCCCAGUGAAUCACCAGUCACUUUACCACCCAUCUCCACCAUUACUAACAGUCUUCCCUCGUCUCAAAGCGCUGCCCCAUUGCUGCCUCGCCUCACGCGCGGGAGGUCGCGCGACGUUCAUGCCUGGGAGUUCGCUUGUGACGCGGAGAACCGCGAAGACGCACUGACGGUGCAAGCCAAGCACGAGAGCCGGGGCUCAGCAAUCGCAGCUAUUAGUCUGCUGCGAUCGACGAGUUCGAGCACCGCCGGCGGAGGCAGCCCGUUGCAACCGAGCAGGAGCAACAAGCGCAACGCCAGCAUCAGCGGAAUGACCCCCCGGGCAGACAGUUCGACCAAGAAACCCCGGCUGACGAAAGGGCUGAGCGCCACGGGAAGGCUAGAGACGCCCAACAACAACAACAUUUGGGCUGGAAAGAGACAAUCCCUUGCAGCAGACACAGCGGAUUUCAGUUACACCAAACCCAAGUCCUCCUCCUUGUUCAUCUCCCCACAAGGCAACGAGUCGGACAAAGAGAACUGGAGUCCAGACGAGAACGGAAACCCCCGCUUCUCCUACCACCAACCUUCCUCCGCCAUUCGGCCAACGAACCGACGACUGCUCCCCUCCGGUCCCUUGUCGUCAUCAAAUUACGAAAAGACAACAACGACGAAUCCCCGCCGAACACCGGCCCGUCAUGCCCUAAUAGAGUCGAGCCCGUCGUUUUUGUUAUCCGGCAACCGUGCCAACACUGCCCCUUUUUAUGGCGGUGGUAGGGGGCAGUACCGCGGAGGAGGAGACAAACGCGGCGGAGGAGCUUCUGAGCUGAGGAUCUACGAAGACUUUGCGACGCCGAAUCACAACAGCCCGACUGCUUCCCGCCGUGCUCCUCCUUUUGAAGAUGAUGGUCUUGAUGAGGUCGAGCGGUUUAUGCGUGGGGAAGUCAGUCCGAGCAAGAAGGGGGAUGCGGAUGCUGUUGCUGGAUUGCUUUCGUUGAGUCAGGGGAAUUGGCGGUGAUGAGGUCUGGAUGGACAGCGUUUGACGCCUGAAGGUUUGGGCAGUCGUCGGGAAGUGCAGCACUAUCAAGUCGAUACUGAACGCGGAUUUGCUUCGGGCGCUUAUAGGCGUAGUGGGAUAUUAGCGGUCUUAUCUGGCUCCUUUGUGCUAUAUUAUAUCUGUCAGUUAUUGUCAACGAU